AUGCCUGCGGCGUCGGUCUAUGCAAAUAUUGUUGUGCGCCUUUCCGGUCUCCGGGCUGAUGCCAUUGCCGCCGAGUUCAGUCGCUUCAGUGCGGCCCAGCCGCGGGGCAACCGCCCCUACGCGACGUCGGCGUUCACGAGGGAGCAGCUGCAGGAGCGGCAGCGCUACCUUCCACCUGCCACGGAUCAGCUGCGGCUGGCGCUUGUGAGUGAUGCGGAGGAGAUGGGCGGAUGGGGGAUGACGGCCCCACUUUUGCUUGAGCAAACACUGCCGGUUUUGGCUACCGACGACGAGACUGAAACGCGCCGGGGCGCAGGCGCCGAGCCUGUUUUAUUCACGGCAUCCGUGCGUGUGCCAGCGUCCUGCGUGGCGGCGCCGCCGCAGUUGCGGUUUCGCCUGGUGAUUGUGGAUGAACCCCUGCUGCGCGCGGUUGCCGCUACGAUGACCGCGGCCUUGGCCUCUGCGACGACGUGUGCCGUGGCUCCCGGCAUCGUGGGCGGCAUCACGCCCGGCGCCGCCAUCGUCGCCGUGGAGAACGCGCACUGGGGGCCGGACACCGUGCCGCUCGUGGCCGACGCCGAAGAGGGAAGCUGGAAGGCCGACAUUAACCUGCACGGCCGCAUCCUGCACUUCACCCGGGCCUCAAAGCAGUUCCCGUUUCUGUCGCAGCUGUGCGGGGUGGACAAGGCGGUGAGCCCCGUGCCCAGGGCGGGGCCGCUCCUCUCACUGACGUUGUACGCGAACGACCCGCGGGCGCGCUUUGAACGCGAGGCGUGGCUAGACAGUUUGCCCCCACACAUGCGCGACACCAUGAUGUACCUGCAGCGUGCGCAAACGCAGCAGCCAGACGGGGGCGGCGCGCCUGGCGCCGACCCACUCUUGCCCUCCUCCUGCUUCGAGGUGGAGGACGUCUACCCUGUGCUCUGCGACGGCAGUUGCUGGUGCGAGGGGCACCUGCCGACGCCGGCCCCCAUGGAAAAGCAGAAGCAGGUAGUGAAGCAGGUCACAAAGCGGCGGAAGCAGCUGAAGGGGUCUGAAAAUGGGCGUGAGCCGUCGCUGCAGCAGCACAAGCACCACUUCACAGGCAGAGAAGUAGGGGAAUCUGAGAGUCCGUCGGUGGCCUCGAUCGGCUCCGCGGAUCACGGGUAUAGUUAUUGCCCGCCGUGGCAGCGGCAGCAGCAACGCCCUCUCUCCAAUGGAAGCUCUCAAGCCCCGCACGAGGAUGCCGCCACCGCCGUUAUGCGGCGUGGCUGGUGCGUGGAGCCGCUGCACGGCAUCGACCCCGUGCGCCCCUUUACCCCCGGCGAUGCACAGUAUACGAUGCGUGUGUGGCACUCGACGGUCAACGUGGCGCCGCUAAAAGGGCGUGGACUGCAGAUCGAGGCCAUGAUGCCGGUGCCUAUUUACGGGUUCAGCGGCGCGGACGGCGGCGCGGACGGCGGCGCGGACGGCGGCGCGGCCUCAAACAUGACGACAUCCUCGCCGCCUCCCGACUCCUCCUCGACAGUCAACUCGGCGGAGUGCUGCGCGUGCCACCACGCCUUUGACAUGGAGCGCGGCGACGGCAACCUCAGCAACAACAGCGGUGAGACGAGCAUAAGCAGCCACGCCUGUCGUGCGGUGGUGGUGGGGGUGCGGUGGGUGAAGGGCAUCGCCGUCCUGCAGCCCCCGUUGUUUAAGCACCACACCAGCGGCAACCUCGUCAUUCCGAUUUGCUUCAUGGACACAGCCAACACCGGCGUCGGUGGCGCUCCGAUGGCCUAUUGGCAAACCGUCUACGCCCAAUACCUGUUUGUCUUCCCCUUUCACUACCCACAGCGCACCACGCUGGAGGUGAUUCGCUCGCUCUCCUCACUGGGCCGUCUGGCGACGAAGAAGCCCGUUGGCCACCGUGGACUUGGCAAGACGUACACGCGGAGAGACUUGUCUGAGUCGCUGGAGGACCCCGCCGCCUCCGCGUCCUCUACGGCGCCGAAGCCUGUGCGGAAGCACCGCCUCACCGUGAAGCUGGCGGAGAACAGUCUGGAGGCCAUCAACGCGGCCCACAGGCGGGGUUGCGACAUGGUGGAGUUUGACGUGAUGCUCACGCGGGACCGCAUUCCGGUCAUAUUUCACGACCCACUCAUUCAGCUGCAGGCACGGAAGAAGCGCGGGGCCGGAACCCGCAACGGCCGCGUGGAGCGCCGGUUGUCGGUCGGCGCCUCGGUGGACUUUGGCAGCAGCCCCGUCUUUCUGAUGGACGGUUUAGUCGGGCAUUACAACAAAAACGACAACAACAACCAGCAGGCAGACUUUGCCGCCCCUGAGACCUCCGCUCUGCCGGGCGUCGCCGGCUCGCCUGAACGGAUGCCCUCGCUGAUGUUUCAGUUGUAUUCGCAAAACAUGCCCAACUUCGCCUCCGUCCCCAUCGCCCUGCAUCAGCUGACAAAGCGGCAGCUGGACGUGGUGACCACGGAGACCUUUUCGCACGUGAAGGAGCACAACACACUGCGCAAUUUGAUUCUGCGGCACUGGAACCAAAUCAUCCGCGUCUCACGCAACCGGCAGCGGCUGGAUUACAUGCUAAGGCACGAGAUUCAGCCCUGCGAGGGGGAAGGCGAGUUUAGCGGGUGCAUGCCAAGGGCGAAGAAGGGCCACGCCGGCUCACAGGGGGAGGACUACAACGAGCUACGGCGACACAAGCGGCAGAUUCUGGCGCAGCAGGAGGACGUGACGAACCGCAUUUGCACUCUGGAGGACCUUUUUGAGAGCACCCCGGCGACGCUGCGCUUCGACCUCGAGGUGAAGUUUCCCUUUCAACCGAUUGGGGACAAUAACUUGUUUCUGCAGACGGACGCCUUUGAGGUGAACGCCUUCGUGGAUGACAUUCUGCGCGUCGUCUUCGCCUUCGCGGAUCAGCGGCAGAGCGUGCGGGAUGAGCGGGGGGACGCGACGGAGCGGCCGCGCGACGUCAUCUUCAGCAGCUUUGAGCCCGACGUCUGCCUCGCGCUCAAGAUGAAGCAGAGCCGCUUCGACGUCGUGUUUCUCUGCGACACGGAGCUCUCGGAGGAUUUCAAGGACUACCGCUGCUUCGGGCUUGUGGAGGGGGCCCUGCAGUUCUCCGUUUUUAUGCACCUCUCCGGGGUCUCCAUCCUCGCCGCGUCGUUGUGUACCAACGAGCAGAUGAAAAUCCCCAGCACCCGCAGCGUCCCGCGCCUGCCGCGGCAGCCCGCCUCGCUGCGGCUGGAGAUCGAAAACGGGCAGCAGCAGAGCCCCAAGCCCGCACUGAAGGCAGAUGGGAUACAAGAAAACGGCAUCAAAGAUGCUGCCAAUGACGACAGCAACGAUCCGACAAUCUCCGACCCGCGCGAGGCGCAGUGGGCCACGUUUGAUUGCUCCCGCGGCAAGGCCAUCGCCGCCUACGCGCAUGCCCACAAGCAACUUAUAUGGUCCUGGGGAGAGAUGAACAACGAUGAGCAGUUUACCUACGUCCAGUCGCGCGUCUUUAUGAUUGAUGCGAUUAUCACUGACAAUGUACCCUUGUGGACCGAGGCGCAGAAGACUCGCAGUCCCACUGACACCACGCUCUCCACGUGA